CUAAAAAGGUUGUGCCACCUGGACAAACGUUUACGGAAGGAUGCCAAGUUGAAGGAAAUAUAUUCCCAAACGAUCCGUGAAUAUUUGGAACUAGGCCAAAUGAAGAGGGCUUCCUCCCAGUGGAGCGACGUUGAAGAUCAAGGUGUAUUGAUGGCCAAGGGGGGAGCCACACAUUGCUAUUUACCCCACCAUCCAGUGAUUAAGGAAUCCUCGACAACAACAAAGGUGCGUGUUGUAUUUGAUGGGUCAAUGAAAACGAGCAAUGGAAAGGCGUUAAAUGAAGUAUUGGUGAUCGGGCCAAAACUGCAUCGGGAUCUACCGAGCGUGUUGAUUAACUGGAGGUCGUUGAAAUACGCAUUCAUGGCAGAUGUCGAAAAGAUGUACAGGUGCAUCAAUGUCCAUGAGAGGGAUGCUCAAUACCAAAGGAUUCUGUGGAAACCGGAUGAAGGCGAUCAAAUUGAGGAGUACGCAUGUUGCACGGUGAUGUUUGGCACGAGCUGUGCUCCAUAUUUGGCCAUAAGGGUCAUGCAACAAUUGGCCCAGGAUGAAGCUCAUAACUACCCGUUGGCUGCAGAUGUACUAAGACGUCAAAUGUAUGUGGAUGACGUUUUAUCAGGAGCGGAUAGUCUGGCUGAUGCCAAGGAUAUUCAAACUCAAGUCAUCGGGAUGAUGAAAAGUGGAACGUUUGAAUUACGUAAAUGGGCUAGUAAUUGCACACAGCUGCUAGACGGAAUCCCUCUGGAGCACCGUGAGACAAUGGGACCGGUACACCGACGAAGAGGAAUAUAUUAUCCACGAUUGCAAGGCUAUUCGAUCCGAUGGGUUGGCUAAGCCCAGUAACAAUAGUGGGACGGCGUCUUAUGCAGACCUUAUGGAAAACAAAACUUAAUUGGGAUGACCAUGUUCCGCUAUCUAUUCAAAGGGAAUGGGAGAAAUUCACACUGGAGUUGCCAAAUUUGUCGAAGGUGCAUAUACCACGGUAUAUAGCUUGGGGAAUGUCAGGCGUUAUUCCGCAGUUGCACAUAUUUUGUGACGCCUCCAUGAGUGCAUAUGGUGCAGCAGCCUAUUUGCGGAUGCGAAAAGAAGAGGAAUCUUUUCAUGUGGAGUUGGUGGUAGCAAAAUGUAAGGUGUCGCCUAUAAAGCCACAGCUUACAAUCCCACGAGCCGAGUUGUGUGCAGCAGUUAUGGCUGUCAAAAUAUUCAAAUAUCUAAAGGACCAAAUAAAUAUCCCAGUUGAUUUUUCAAAAACGGUUUUCUGGUCGGACUCAAUGAUCGUUCUGAGCUGGAUUCGAGGAGGAGCUACGAGAUGGAAGAUGUUCGUUGCCAACCGAAUCAGCAAGAUUUUGGAGCUAACCGAUGGGAAACAAUGGAAACACGUUGCCUCGGAGGAUAACCCCGCAGA